CGCCAGGUACAUUUCGCAUUCUCUCCUGAACUGUAAUCAUGUCUGGUCGUGGCAAAGGCGGUAAAGUUAAGGGAAAGAGCAAGACUCGUUCUAGCCGAGCAGGGCUUCAAUUCCCUGUCGGUCGUAUCCAUCGACUUCUCCGAAAAGGCAAUUAUGCCGAACGUGUUGGAGCUGGAGCACCCGUGUACCUGGCUGCCGUGUUAGAAUACUUAGCUGCUGAAGUGUUGGAGUUGGCUGGUAAUGCCGCCAGAGAUAACAAGAAAACUAGGAUCAUCCCUAGACAUCUCCAACUCGCCAUCCGAAACGACGAGGAGUUGAACAAACUCCUUUCCGGAGUAACUAUUGCUCAGGGUGGUGUAUUGCCUAACAUUCAAGCUGUCUUGCUCCCCAAGAAAACCGAAAAGAAAGCCUAAAUUAAGACUUUACAAGUUUAAAAAAAAAAAAAAAAAAA